AUGCCCUCGACGCCCCAAAAACGAUGGCUUUCCAUCGAUGAAAAAGCUGCCAGCAUCCGCCUGCCAGCUCCCUACCGCGCAAAGUUUGGAGAUCGAGCCUCGCGUGCCGCCACGCGAUUCUACGUGUGCCUCAACAUCUGGCCGUGGGAACUGGUCCCUCAGUACACGUCAGGAGACUGGGGCCUCGGCAUGCUGGAGAACCUUGCCAUCAUCGGAAGACACAUUGCCCAGGAUGUGAACUUUACCGUCGAGGACUUGCGUCGGCAACUUGUCAUGAGCAUCAUCGUCCGAAGCGGGGAGGGCGAAGUCAAACUACGGUACAAGGAUGUGCGGGCGGUUCGUGCCGAAUUUCUAGACAAGACCGGCGACAGAAUCUGUGGUGAAGAUGAUGGCGACGAUGAAUACGAUUAUGCGGAUGAAGACGAUGACGAAAAACUCGAAAUUGUCGUUCAAGACAAACGCAGAACACAACCAAGCAACCCAUCACGCUCAAGCCCCAUAACCCGCCUUUCCAUGACCCCAAAAGCUCCAAGCUGGGUCCGCGGCAUGGUAAAGCAGACUCCCCAAAGGUCCACAUCGGAGAGCAUCAGGGUUGCUUCAGCUGCUUCGCCGUCGCCUCCCACGCCAGCCCAAGAUCGACAGCAACCCAAGUCUUCCCCGAAAAUACCGCGGCCGUCACCCACGCUGGGGACUUCUCCUUCUGCAAAGCGACCCAGACUCUCGGCACUCCCUGAGCCCAGACUCUCCGUACUUCCCGAGCUCAUCAAAAACAGCCCAGCACCUUCGGGAAGAGAAUCACUUGCGCUGAGAUCGCCCAGGAUUGGCCACGGGAGUCUUCCAUCUAUGGCAUUGGUUUAUUCGCAGAUGCUCACCAAGGCAGCUGAGCCGCAGGAAUCACCUCCGCAACCCGGAAGCAUUCACGAGUCCCUUCUUCCUGCCAUCACCGACUUUGUCUCUCGGCUCGACUCUCUCAUAGACGACAUCUCCCGUGCUAUAGAGACGACAGAAGCAGAACUUGAGUCCAAACUCGCCGAAUGUGAAGAAAUCACCAACCUCGAACACGUCGCCCAAGCAAGCAUCGAUGACGCCAAGCAAGCUCGCCGUAACGCGCAGCUUCGCCACGCCACGCUCGUCGCCGAGGCAGACGAGUUCGAGACAACGGCCAUCUCACUUCGAGGGAUGAUGGGAAGCCAGAGUCAAUCGCCCUGUCUGCCACAGCUGCAAACCGCUAUCGACGCCUACAAUACCCAAAAGCUCGCAAAGCAAGAGGAAGCCGCCGACCAGGAGAUCAUUGUCCACGAAUGCGCCACCGACGUUGAUGAGGCCAAGAGGCUCAUCAAGGGAAACACGGACAUUGUCGCUAAGCUGAAAAAUGAAGUAUCGGAACUCACUCAAGACUCGGAGCAUAAGAGAGCCCGCUGGGGCGUGCUCAACAACGUCAAAAACAUGGUUCUUGGCUUGGAGAGGACCAUUCCGGACCUGGAGGAUAUGGCUUUGUCGUAG